CAAGAUGGAUACAGCUAAACUUGUAGUACUACCACUGAUAUGGUCAAUUUUGGCAGUGGCGGGUCAAAAUAUCUUCAGUGAAGAUAGUGUGAUGGAAAGAUGUCCUCUUACAAAUACUGAGAAUCUAGAGUAUUUCAUAAACUCUACUGCCAAAAAAAUUAUCCUUUCUCAUUUAAAUCUGAUGGAGGCCCAGAUGAAUAAAUACAGGAUAGAGUUGAGCGAUCUAAAAACCCAAAUCACCGAGAAUAUAAAAAAUUUGCCUAAUGAUGAUCCAACAGAAGCUGCAAAAAUAGGUGUUCGGCUCAUAAACGGAAGUUCUUUAGGCCAAGGAAGAGUUGAAGUUUACAUGAAUGGAACAUGGGGGACAGUAUGUGGUGACAAUUGGGACUAUAAAGAUGCCAAUGUGAUCUGUAGACAAAUCUUUGGAAUUGAUGGAAAUGGACUGGCCGUUGCAAGUGGUGUAUUUGGGGAGGGAAGUGGUCCGAUUCUUUUACAGGGAGUACAGUGUUCCGGUAAUGAAAACAAUAUACUUGACUGCGCGCAUUCAGCAGCACAUAAAUGCAGCCAUGCACAAGAUGUUGGUGUCAUAUGUUUUCUUCCAAAUCGCAAUAUAAGAUUUUCUAAUGGAAAAUCUCCUAGCGAAGGUGUAGUUGAGAUUCUGAUAAACGGAAAAUGGGGAGCUAUCAGUGAUGAACAGUGGAAUGCAAAUGAUGCACAUGUAGCGUGUAGGUCUCUUGGAUAUUCUGGGGGUAUCCCGACUGCUUCGAUCGUAUUUGGAGAGGGAAAUUCACAUAACUGGUUGGACGGAAUUAAUUGCACAGGGCAUGAAGUUUCUCUGUUGCAAUGCUCAAAAUCAGUCAUAGGAGCAAACAGUCACAUUUCUGGCCGGAAUGCCGGUGUCAUUUGUUAUCCUUCUAAAGGUGCUAUAAUCAGGAUUGUUAACGGGAGCUCUGCACACGAAGGUCGGAUAGAAGUUUUGAUAAAUGGUCAAUGGAGAGGUGUUUGCGACAGAUAUUGGGACAGAAGGGAAGCUGAUGUGACUUGUAAAGUUUUGGAAUAUUCAGGAGGCCUUCCAGCUUAUUCGUCCGCAUUUGGAGGGGGUGAUAAAGAUGUGUGGUUGGAUGGCCUCAAUUGUAAUGGAAAAGAAAGCUCCUUGUUAGAGUGUUCUCAAUUUGUAGCAGGAUCUAGAAGCUGCGGCUAUAGUAAUAGGGCCGGAGUCGUAUGUUACCAUGCAAGAAAUAAUUCAGUUAGAAUUGUGAAUGGAAGCUCUCCACAUGAAGGCAGAGUUGAAGUUCUACUAAAUGACCAAUGGCGAAUGUUAUGUGACAGAAAUUGGGAUAAAAAUGAUGCUACUGUGACUUGUAAAAGUCUAGGAUAUUCAAGGGGUCUCCCGGCUUUCUCUUCAUUGUUUGGAGAAGGAAACAAACAGACUUGGUGGUUGGACAGAAUUUAUUGUAAUGGAUAUGAAAAAUCCUUGGUGGAGUGUCAACAAUCCGUGACUAGCUCCAAAACUUGUAAUUUCGAUAGAAACGCCGGAGUUGUUUGUCUCAGCACGGGAUUUGGUUGGUUUAUAGAAUAUUUAUUUUCUCCAUAA